UUGUGACAGUUUCUGACGAUUUAAAUAUCAGCUGGAGAAGGUUUGGUGUCCGUUUUUGGGACUUAAGUGGUCGAAAGUGAACAAGUUCAAUGCUGAUGAUACGCAGACUUAUAAGGCUGCCAAAAAUAUGAUGAAUGACUGGAGGAGCAGCCUCAGUAACGAUAUUCAUCAACGUAAAGUGUUGUGCACUGCUCUGAAACAACAUAAGCUCAGGAAACUAGCUGAAGAAUUGUUUGAGGGUGAAAUUAGCGAUGAAAAUCUUGUUACGCGAGAAGCAGAAAAAUGGUUUAAUGAUCAAGAUUUGCUGUUUAUCUGUGACAAUUUGGAUCCCGAAUCAUGGAGGAGACUGGGAGUGCGUCUUGGACUCAAGUGGACCGAUAUAAAAAAGAUAACAAAAAACUACAGACUGGUCGAAGACUGCAUCAUGGAAUUGUUGGUUACUUGGAGGGAUGACCAAUCAAAGAGCCAACAAAUACCAAUCAUGGUGAACACUUUGAGGCAACAGAAGCUUGUUGGACUUGCACAAAGUGUACGUGAAAGGCAUGGCUACAGUGACAAGUCAUAAGUUGCAACAACUCAUAUAAAUCUGCUUGAAAUUCCAACACCAAUGCAAGGUUGCUUAGUUGAUAUUGACAUAGUGUUUAUCGCUAAUAAACUUGAUGGCAAAGAUUUGACAAAUUUCGUCAUCUACCUUGGUAUGGAGAAACAUGAAAUAAAUCGAAUUGAGUCAGACUUUUCACCACCAAUUGUAGACGCCUGUAUUGAAAUGUUGGUACAGUGGCGAAGUAGACAGGAAGCUGAAGUAAAUCAUCUCAAAUCAAUUAGUGAAGCACUGAACAAAGUUGAACGAAUAAAUAUAAAGAAAGAAAUUGAGUUAUACUGCCAUGAAAGAUGUGGAAAAUUGAAGUAAAGGUGUAAAGGAACAUUUUAAAGAUAACAGUGCAAUAAAAAAUAACACCAGAAUAUAUAUUACCAUGGUUACAUACACCACAGUAGGCCUAACACGUUAGGACACUUUUUAAUUAAGAAAUUAUAUUUUGCUCUCCUUUCAAUCAUCAAAACUACAUACUUUUGAUGCUGUUAUUCAGGACCAUAGAUACACAAUAUACAUAAAAACAUUAAUGUUAACUUUUUCUUUUGAUAAUAUAUGUUUAAAAACCGAAAGGUCCACUGAUUAAUCUCGGAUAAGAAAGUAUAAUACUUCAAGUAUUGAAAUCCUAAUAAUUACAUAAUUAAUGUCGAAAUAUUGCAUCCUAAAAUAAUGGCGUGCACUUCAAUACUAGGAGUAUGUAUUAUACUUUCUCAUGUAUAUAAGAUGUAUAUACGUUUUUUAUAUUAAUUAUGAAAUUUAAGAAAUAUCAUUACUUGUAUUAUAUUGAAGUUCAGAUUAAUAUAUAUACAAUAUAUAUCAUACACCAUUAGUGAUGUCAUCGCGAAGAAAACAUUUUUUUAAUAAACAAUUUUUUACAAAUUUACCAACAUUUUACUACUCGUAUUAUCAAAUAUUCAGCAAUUCUUUCUUAAUUUUCAAUUGAUAACUAAUUAUUGAA